AUGUCAGGUGCGCGUGGCUCAAAGUGCAAGGGCAAAGCUGCCAUCCCCAAGCCAGCUAGGGGAUCAGGCCUGAAUCCAUCUGGUUUGCCAGCUGCUGAUCAACUAAAUCUUGAUGCAGAACAACCCCAAAUGGUGCCAUUCAACUUUGAUCCGUAUGGACAAUCUGUAGGAGGGUGGCAAGACACACAGCAACAGCUUUAUGGGAACACUGAAGGCCCAUCGUUUGGUCACACGCAGGGCCAAGCGGCCACACAAGGGCAGUUGCCAUACAACCACACCCAAGGCUUGUUGCCUUAUGGAGACGGAGAGGGUUUGAUGUCAUAUGGAGCAGGUCCAUCGUCAUUCGUUCACGCACAGGGUUUGUCUUAUCAAGAUGGAGAGGGUGCUUCAUAUGGAGAUGGAGAAGGCGCUUUGUAUGGAGAUGGAGAGGGUGCUUUGUAUGGAGAUGGAGAGGGUUCAGUGUCGUAUGGAAACAUAUCGGGUGAAGAAGGUUAUGACUUCUACAACUACUUCAAGGAUGUCUCAUUCAACUCAGGUCCAUCAUUUCCCGAUUUCCCCCCUGAUCACCCUGGACAAACAGUACCUGUGCCUCGGUGGAUUGAAGAGGCACCAGACGGAGGUACCAGUAUCACAGAUUGA